GCCAAGCCUUUUAGGUUUUCUUCUUCUUUUUCCCGUCUCCACCAUCCCGUCUCCCUUGUGUUGCGCCUUUCUCCAGUCGGCAGAAACCAGAGGGCCGCCGGAGGCGACGAUCGAGCAGAAGCAGAGGAUCGCCGGCCAGAGGCGGCGUUGCUGUCCAUCAGAAACCAGAGGGCCGCCUAGGGCUCGUGGCGGAGGCAGAGGCGGAAGCUGUCGGCAGAUCAAGAGAGGCUGAGGCGGCGUCGGCGGCGUGGACUCUCGGCGGAGGCUGCGUCGGCGUCGUGGACUCGCGACGGAGGCGGAUGCAGAGGCGGCUACUGGGGAGUUGCAAACAGUUGGCAGCGAGCAGAGGAGGAAGAAGAAAUUAAGGGUAAAAUAGUCUUCAUAACUCAAUUUUUCUCCCCAAAAGCACCGGAAAACAAAAUCCUAGGGUGUAGCUCGGAUUUUGUUUUCCUCCAAAAUGAAGAAUUGUAGUUCCAAUGGAAAACAAGUUCUAAUGAACCAAACAUCAGAAAAUUGCAAUUUGGGAACCUACUUCACGUGGAAGUGCACUUCCUGCCAACCAAACAUGGCCUAAUGGAUGUAAGGCGCAGUCUCGCAGACGCUGGAUACAUAACCCCGCCACAAGCCACAAGCCCUAGCUCAAUCCCAGCCGAAGUACACCUUCCCUUCCUGCCUUUCUGUAUUCAAACAAUCAAACCCUAAACUUCACCUCACAGAAUUGCACAAAUCAGAGUUGUGUUCUAAUUUCUAAAAUUUUCCCUCUGGGUUAUUAGUAUUCAAAUUUUCACAUUUAAAAAAUUGUUCCUCUCUUCUUCACUGGGAGCACAAGUAGCAAUCAACAUUAGCUGGUAGUAGAAAUCGGUAUUACGAUGUUACUACUCUCUAUCUCACGCUCAAUUCAAUGACUUGAAAAGGGUUUGGCAAUGGGAGCUGCUAAAAAAUGCAGGAUUUGGUGGCCGGACCAUCUUAGUUCAACCUCUCAAUUGAGUUCACAUCCUUGUCAUUUCCUGUUCGGCUGGUUCAUCUCAUCCUCUGAAGCUUCUCUUGACAUUGUUAUCGCGUUCUCUUGCAGCGAGCCUACUCUAAAUUCUUCAGCGAGUUGCUUGGAUCUUCAGGGGAUUCUUCAUGAGAUAAAUAAAAACAUGCCUAUGUUUCCGCAAGAUGAUUGCAAGUUAUCUUUACUUGGUUGUUAUGUGGCCGAUGGUGGUGAUUGCCAAUUGAUAAAUGUUGGAGCUGAAGCAGUUGUGAAUUCCAGUGGUCAGAGGAUUUAUUUUUCUGGUGACUCUGAUGGCCAAGAUACUAGUGGAAGGAUGAAUGGAAAGUUAAGCUAUGGGUGUCACAAGUUUGAUGUUUUAGCGUUGCAAUAUAGUUCACCUGCAGAAAUCAACUGGAUCCAGCUUGCCUAUGAUCGUUCGGUAAUACAUGGUAGAAACAUAGCACUAAUUCCUAACUUGCUAUGCUUAAAAUGGAAGGGGUUGGUUAUAACUCAGUUAGAUGUCCAUGUCAUAGUUUAUGAGACCCCUCUAUUUGGAAGUCAUUACUAUUCACUGGGUUAUUGUCCAUCUGAGCAAGUAACAGCCCAUUCCAAGAAACCAAUGUGGGUUGAGGAUCUUUACCAAAUGAAGCUGCAAACUGACUUGAAUAUUGUGAUUCAGGCAAUUAACACCGCAAAUGCUACUAAGGUGCUUUUUGAGUCAUAUUUUCCUGCCAAAAGAUCCACUACUUCAUUUCAUGUUUUUUCCAUGUGUCAAUCUUGUGUUGAGUAUGCUGAGAUGGCGGCAUUACGUAGGCAUUCCAUGUGGUCAAGUAUUGUGGUUGAUCUUCUUCUAGGAAACUUGCUUAGCAUUCUAUUGUAUUCUCGAGCAGAAGCUGCUUGCUUGUUCGUUUUGAAUUCUGCUGAUGGCAUAACUAACCAUAUUCUGCGUACUGGUUGUGUGUGGCUGAUGGGAAACCCAGCUGGUUUCAAGUUGAAUGCCGAGCUAGCUGGUCUCCUUGGAAUGGUUUCUCUUAAUGCUAUUCAGAUAUGGUCCACACUUUGGUUAUUUCUGAAUUUCUUCUUGGCUUAUCUUAUGAAAAUGAUUGCUGUAUCUGGUAGUCUUUUUGGUCUGACUACUGCUGCUGCUUUGACCAUUGACAUAAUCUCAUUAGCAACUAUGCACUUGUCUGCUCUUCAUUGGUUACUUUCACUAAUCUAUUCAUGGCAGAUACAGGCAAUAUCAGCUUUGUGGCGUCUUUUCAGGGGCAGAAAAUGGAAUCCUCUUCGGCAGAGAUUAGAUAGCUAUGGUUACACAGUGGAGCAACAUGUUGUUGGCUCACUUCUAUUUACUCCUCUGUUGCUUCUACUCCCAACGGUUUCUGCAUUCUAUAUUUUCUUCACAAUUUUGAAUGCAACUAUAAGCUUGAUAUGCAUAGUUAUUGAACUUGGGAUAUUAGUUAUUCAUGCCACACCAUAUACUAAAGUUGCUGUUUGGUUGGUGAGGAAGAAAAGAUUCCCUUCUGGGAUAUGGUUUGAAAUUGUGUCUAGUCAAUGUGAUGUUACCAAUUCUUCAUACACUGGGUCUGCGGCUGAAAUUAAUCUGGAACCUAGUGCACAUUGCUUCAAAUCAUUGGCUGUGGUUUCAUUUUUGCGUGGCAACUAUCUGAGCUUAAGAGAAGUUGUUUCACCCCACUAUGGAUGCGUGUUUUCAGCAGUUUCAAGGUCCUCGAUGGCAUUGUCAGCUUAUGGAAUUCUUACGGGGAAAAGUAUUUCAUAUACUCUGGGCAGUGGGCAACACAUGAAGUUGCCGUGGAUGGUCAUCCCAUGCAAAGCCUAUUGGCGUCUUUGUCGUGAUGCAAUCCUUGCUAGAAGGGAAGACUGAUUGCAGCUUGUGGCAUUAAGCAGAUAAAUGUUUGAUUCUUGUGGUGGCCUAUCUUGACAUCUUUUAUCCAGUGCCUUCAAAUUGUUUUCUCAGGUUAAUGCAGUUUCAGUUUUACUUUACUUUUUGUUAUACUGGCAACCAAAGCAUCCAUAUUUUGUACUUAGAUAAUGCAAUUUAUAUUGAUGACCCUGACAGACAAUUGGUUUAGUUGACAGACCAAAAGAAUUGUAUAGCCAAACUUUUUCCGGCU